AUGAAUCUCAUAUUAAAAUAUAUUAAAAGAAAAUUAUUAUUGUAUUGGAUCUUAAGAAUUUGUGUGAUAAGUAUUUUUUUAGUUAUUGGUAUUGUCGCAUAUUUUAUUUUGUUUCCAUCAAUAAUUUACAUAAACUCAAUUGAUAUUCCAAGAUUUUUAGUCAAGACCAGUGCUGGUGAAUAUGAACUUCUCAAUAUUAGUACAUGCCCAAUAGUUGAAAUUAAUGAAGAAAUAAGUCUUAUAAAUGUGCAAAAACCUGUCAGCAGUACACAAUUAGACUUUAUUAAGCAAUCUGUUUCUUCAGGUGGAGAAUGGAUGCCAAAACAUUGUAUACCUCAACAUCAUACUGCAAUCAUAGUAUGCUAUCGGAAUCGAACAGAUCAACUUCAAACCUUUUUAUAUCAUAUGCAUUCAUUUUUACAAAAGCAAAAUAUACAUUAUCAAAUAUAUGUUAUAGAACAAACAUUUGAUGCUGAAUUUAACCGCGGAAAAUUAUUUAAUGUUGGUUAUCGAGAGGUUACAAUGCGUUCUCUAGCUGGAUGUUUUAUUUUUCAUGAUGUCGACCUUAUGCCAGAAAAUAUAAAUAAUAUUUAUGGUUGUACAAGCUGUCCAAGACACAUGAGUACUAGUAUAAAUGUUUUUAAUUAUAAAUUACCAUAUUAUAAUAUAUUUGGUGGUGCUAUUGCAAUGACGCGAAGACAAUUUCAUGACAUUAAUGGAUUUUCAAAUGUGUUUUACGGAUGGGGUGGAGAAGAUGAUGAUCUGUUUAACAGAGUUUACCAUAGAGGCUAUAGAGUUUGUCGAUAUCCAUCAUUUAUAUCAAGAUAUACAAUGUUAACACACGAAAAAGAAACGCCAAAUGAAAAUAGAAUGAAAUAUUUAAGAAAUGGCCCAAAACGAUUUUAUACAGAUGGUGUUGAUUCAGUUACUUACAAUUUGAUCAAAUAUGAACAAUUACCAUUAUAUACAAGAAUAUUAGUCAACGUUUAA